AGGAGGAGGAGUAUAUAGAGGAACACAGGGGUCUGUACUAGGACGUGAUGAUGGAGAAUCACCGGCCCCUCACAUCACUGGAUGGGCCCAGUAACAGAGAUACCCCAGAGAGAUGUCCCCGUCCUCUGUAUUCCCAGGAUUGUACAGAGGAGAAUCACAGGACCCCACAGGAGGAUCAGGUAGAACGUCUGUCUGAUAUUAAGGCAGAAGAUAUAGAGGAAGAAGAAGAGACGUAUGUGAUGGAUAUAAAGGCAGAAGAUAUAGAGGGAGAAGAAGAGACGUAUGUGACUGAUAUAAAGGCAGAAGAUAUAGAGGGAGAAGAAGAGACGUAUGUGACUGAUAUAAAGGCAGAAGAUAUAGAGGGAGAAGAAGAGACAUAUGUGACUGAUAUAAAGGCAGAAGAUAUAGAGGGAGAAGAAGAGAAGUAUGUGACUGAUAUGAAGGCAGAAGAUAUAGAGGGAGAAGAAGAGACGUAUGUGACUGAUAUGAAGGCAGAAGAUAUAGAGGGAGAAGAAGAGACGUAUGUGACUGAUAUAAAGGCAGAAGAUAUAGAGGGAGAAGAAGAGACGUAUGUGACUGAUAUAAAGGCAGAAGAUAUAGAGGGAGAAGAAGAGACGUAUGUGAGGGGUGAUCAGCAGUGUAAGGAGGAGGAGAUCCCUACAGAUAUCACAGAUGGACACACAAGCAGGAAUAUCUCAGAAGGACAUCUAAUGUUAUCCCCGGAUUGCGAAAUAAGAGAUAAUGACAGUAAACCAGAUUUUCCAGGAGCUAACCCCAUUACCCCAAUUAUACAUCUAGCUCUAUCAGCUGGUCCCCCUGAUCCUAGGAAAUGUUCUCCUGAUCACUCUGAUAUUGGUGCAUCUGUUACAGCUCUGAGAGUAGAUACAGAGUUUUCAUGUGCUAUAGAUACCAAAUGUUUUACACAGAACACAAAGCCUAUUAACCCACAGGCAGGUGAGAGGCCAUUUCUAUGUUCUGAGUGUGGGAAAUGUUUUGCAUACAAAUCAUAUCUUGUUAGACAUCAGAGAAGUCACACAGCUGAGAGGCCAUUUCCAUGUUCUGAGUGUGGGAAAUGUUUUGCAUACAAAUCACAUCUUGUUAAACAUCAGCAAAGUCACACAGGUGAGAAGCCAUUUCCAUGUUCUGAGUGUGGGAAAUGUUUUGCACACAAAUCAGAUCUUGUUAUACAUCAAAGAAGUCACACAGGUGAGAGGCCAUUUUCUUGCUCUGAGUGUGGAAAAUGUUUUAUCCAGAAAUUACAUCUUGUUAUACAUCAAAGAAGUCACACAGGUGAGAAGCCAUUUCCAUGUUCUGAGUGUGGGAAAUGUUUUGCCCACAAAACAGAUCUCGUUAGACAUAACAGACAUCACACAGGUGAGAAGCCAUUUUCUUGCUCGGAGUGUGGGAAAUGUUUUGCACUCAAAGCAGAUCUAGUUUUACAUCAGAGACGUCACACAGGGGAGAAGCCAUUUCCAUGUUCUAAGUGUGGGAAAUGUUUCGCACACAGAUCAGAUCUUAUUAAACAUCAGAGACGUCACACAGGCGAGAAGCCAUUUCCAUGUUCUGAGUGUGGGAAAUGUUUCGCACACAGAUCAGAUCUUAUUAAACAUCAGAGAUGUCACACAGGUGAGAAGCCAUUUCCAUGUUCUGAGUGUGGGAAAUGUUUUGCACGCAAAUCAUAUCUUGUUAUACAUCAGAGACGUCACACAGGUGAGAAGCCAUUUCCAUGUCCUGAGUGUGGGAAAUGUUUUGUACACAAAUCAGAUCUUGUUAUGCAUCAGAGAAGUCACACAGGUGAGAAGCCAUUUCCAUGUUCUGAGUGUGGGAAAUGUUUUGCACACAAAUCAUAUCUUGUUAUACAUCAGAGACGUGAGAAGCUAUUUCCAUGUUUUGAGUGUGGGAAAUGUUUUGCACACAGAUCAGAUCUUGUUAAACAUCAGGGACGUCACACAGGUCAGAGGCCAUUUCCAUACAUAAAUCAGCACAAUAGAAAUCACUCAGGUGAGAAACCAUUUUAA